AUGGAGAAGGAACAACGAGCAUCACAGAAUGAUGCACCAAAGAAUAUUCUCCGAAUUUUUAAUAACACAACUAUUGUAGAGAGAGACAUUUCUAAAAGUUCGAUCACUUUACCAACAAUUCCUAGUCAACCACAACCUUUUCCAACUUUAAAACAACCCACACUAACAUUCUUGGGAAGAAGAAAAAAGCAAGAGGAAAAAACUAAACCAUUGGAAAAAUCAAAACAAACACUGGCACCAACAAUUGAAAAGCCAGUAUUGGAAAAAAUUGAAAAACUAAAACAUGUUCAAAAUGAAAGAGUCUCAGAAGAAGACUCUAUUGAUAAAGAAAGUGACAAGAUGCUUUCUGAAAUGUCUAAUGAAGAAAUACAAGAGGCUCAAGAACAGAUUUUAAAGAAUUUUGAUUCUUCCCUCAUUAACUUGCUCAAAAAUAGAGGAUUGAAAAAGAAGCAGGCAAAGGAGAAAUCUACUUUUAAUCCUAAAGAUAUCACACCAAAAGAACCAGUUAAAAUGUCACAAGAAGAAAAGAAGGAAAUUAUUGAAAAGGAUAUUACUGAAAUUAUUGAAAAAAUUAAAGAUAGUUUGAAUCCAAGUGAACUCAAAAAUGUAAAAGAUGAAGAGGAAAAGCUAAAGUGGAUUGUUGGUGGUCAAGAGAUUAUUGCCGAGUCUGAGGAAGAAAAAAAGGACAAUAGUAGAUUCAAGCCUCUUAGAUUUGAUUUGGAAGGUAACGUAAUCGAUAAGAACAAAGAAUACCACGUCCAAUCAGGUCUUUACCAUCAUGGAGGAGAUCAAUCGGAAGCUGGUUAUACUAUUCUUGAAAUUUUCCAACUUAUUAGAAGCAGUGUGAUCAAUCAGAGAAUAAUUAAUAUCAAGCUUCUCUCUUCAAUCAUCAAAAAAAUUGGCUCAAACAAUUCAUUUGAACUCAUUGAAUAUUUAGAAUCCAAGUAUGAAUUAUUCAAGACGAUAUUUUGGUUUGGAUAUGCAGAUGCUACAAAUGGGAGUCCAACCGUUCUCCACAAAAAUCUAAACCUAAUUACUGUAACAUCAGAGCUCGUUAGAACACUGUUAUCUACCCUCUACUCGAAACAAGAUGAGAUAAAUCAAAUGAUUACUCGAGAUUCAUUUGAUUUUGGUUUACAUACACUCAAUAAUUCCAUUUCCGAAAAAGUAGACAUUAUCAAAAAGUAUGAAAAGGAUAUUACCCAACAUGUAAUUUCUGACAUGGUGUCAAUUUUAGAAUGUGAGGAUGACAAUACUUUGUUAGAAUGUGUUUUGGAUUGUUUAGCUCUAUUUUCAAGGUACUCUUUGACCGUUGCCUCAAAGAUAGUUCAGGAAAUGCUUAAAAAGUUUGCUUUUAAGGGUUUUAAUAGCUCACUUUUUUACAAAUCGCCAAGAUUGGCAACAAAUUAUGCCAAGAUGUGUUCUGCACUUGCUUGUCAUGGAAAGAAUAUUUGUGAAAGAAUUAUUAAGAAUACUAAUAUUAUUGAUAUUUCUAAACAAUAUUUGACACUUUGUCUUUCAGAACAAAAUGAAGAAUUGUUAGAAUUUUGUAACGAGUUGGUAUCAUUUAUAGUUGCCUGUACCAGUUACAAGAUCGUCAGUGUUAUGCAUCUAUUCUGUCAAGAAAUGUUUCCAAAUCUUGUUACCAUCAUCCAGUUAGCCUUUAAGAAGAAUCACCAAGCCAUAAGAUUGUCAAAACAUUGCUUAUUUUUGAUGCAAGUCUAUAUGGAAUCAAAGUCAGCACUCUCCUUCCCAUCCUUUGAAGAUAAGGACGAAGUAGAUGAAAAUUCUAUUGGUCAUUUGGAAAAUUUCAUUUUGGAAGAUUGUCCAUUAUUAGCUGUCAAGGCCCUUAAAAGUGGUAUGGAAUCUUUGUGUAUUAGAUUUCUGUACUUUAUUUGCACGUUUUAUGAUAAUUUUUAUUGUAAUCCAAACAGUGAUUUCGCAAGAUUUAUUUCCAAGGAUGAUAUUGACACAACAUCACAAAUUCUUAUGGUAAUGAAAAGAGUAGAAAAUAGAGUAUUUUAUCAAGAGAUCUAUCAGUGGGCUGAAUUAAUUUUGAAUCAAUUAGAAAGUUUAGAAAACUCUGCAGAUAACUUUGAAACCAUUACCAAAUUACUUGCAAACAUUACAUCUGUUGUAACCAUUUGCUAUUUUAGUUCCAAGUCAUUCAAGCACCUGUUUGGAGUUUUGUAUAAUGAUAUUCAUUUCGAGUCGCUAUUGUUGAGAAUUUACAAUUCAGUAUUUACCAAGUAUUUGUUUACUAAGGAGUUUUAUAGCAAGUCCCUCUUUUCAGAGAAUCCUCUCAGAUACAAGUACUUUAUUCUAAGAGAACGUUUUUUCAAUCUGAGCUUUUACUUUUUAAAGUUGUAUACAUAUGAGAAAACAAGACUCAAGGAUUUAAUUUCUAGUGAUCAGAUUUGCAAUUUGGCUUUGUUUACCUCUUCCUUACUCGAACCAAUCAAAUUCAAGGGUGACAGGUAUCUUUUCUUUUACAUUUUACAAACAUUUGUAUUGAAUUAUCACCCUACCCUUUUGAAUUACUUGGAUAAGGAUUUGUUUGAAGUUUCACAAAGCGAAUCUGAGAAGGAUAAUAUUAUUGAAAGUAACAAUAUUCAGGUUGGAGCUCCUUUCCAUUCACAAGAGUUUGAGCCAACUAGUCCAAAUUGGAUGAAACAAAGAAUGUUGGUCUAA